AUGAUAAGAAACGUGCGCAUGAAUUCGAUCUGUGAUAUUUUGAAAGAAUCGGCAGGUAAUGAAACUAUGGAGAUUAAUAAAUCAGCAAGAUUACGACGUAUCAGUGUACUUUGUAAUACUACGCGUAAGACACGAAUUAUACCAGACUUUGAUUUAAAUCAGAUCAAUUCGGAAAUUGAAGCUGAUCAAAUCUUGGAACGAUUUCGCCGUGCUCGAGGAGGCGGAGGAGGAAGAGGAGGUGGUGGCGGAGGACGAUCCGGUGGUGGACGAUCUGGUGGUGGUCGAUUCGGGGGUAGUAGAAGUGGAUCAAGAGAAGUCGAUCAUCGUCAUCAAGAAUCUUUAGUAGUAACUGAUCAAUCAAUUACAAGGCUGCUCUUUUAUGUUCUACUUCGGUUGAUUAUUUUAGGUAGUAGUCGAGCAUCCUCAUCAAGCCGUUCUGGAAUCUUUUCUCGUAGUAGCAAGGGCAGUGGUGGAACAUUCGGCGGUGGAGGUAAUCGAGUGCGCUUAGGACUUCGAUCUAUGCUACGAGGAUCGUCGGGCUCAAGAGUUGCCACUGGUACAAGUGGAAGUAGUUCUAGUUUUGGUUCUCGAAUUCGUAAAAUCACACAUGGUAUUGGUACUGGUGGUUCGAGAUCGGGAGGACGUCAUUUUGGUAUUGGUGGCUCUGGUGGAAGCAUAUGGUCACGUUCGGCCAAAACGUUCAUACCACAUGCCGCUCGUUUUGGCAAACGAUAUUAUCAACGACGAAAAUACAAUCAAGGCGUCUAUGCUGGUGUUGGUUAUUAUGCAGGAAGUCGAGUGGGUCACCAUGGACCUUAUUAUGCACAUGGAUACUAUGGUUAUCCACCUGUGUCAGAGCAUCCUCCAAAUACAAUUAAUGGUACAAAACCAGAUGUGUUUUACUGUAUUCAAGAAGAUCUGAAUACAACAUUGGUCAAUACGACAUUGGACAAAGAUGGUUUCGGUGUUUGUAAUGUAUCUGGCAAAUUAGUCACUUGUCCAAUUGAAAUUGAAUGUAAACUCUCUGAAGCCGAUACCUGUUGUGAAGACGAAGAAGGUACACCGUUUUGUUGUGGUGGGCCCAUGCCUCUGGAGUACAUUACUCAAUACGGUGGAUAUGCAGAUGAUUGGAGAGAUUCUGCUGAGACUUUCGAUAAAACGUUUAAUCUAAUCACUAUGGUGAUGAUUUUUCUCACAACGAUUUGCUAUUUAAAAUGGUCUCGUCGUGUUGAAUAG